AUGCAGCCCAAGAUUGCCAUCAUCACCACCCUGGCCAGCCUUGCCUCUGUCGGAACAGCAGCCCCUGCUGUAGACCCCAGAAUUGCCGAGGUCAUCAAGCUCGUCAAAGAAAUUCCUGCCCUCAAAGGCCUCGCGGAGAUUAUUGCCGCCAAGGUCGCUUCCCCGGAUGCUCCUAUUCUUGGCCCCGUAGCCGCCACGCCCAAGACGACUCCCACCACUGGUGCACCGGCUGGUGGUGCUAGCGGUGCUACUGCUGGAGCUCCGGCCGGCAGCGCUGGCGGCGCUACUGCUCCUGCUGGAGGAAGCUCUCCUUCUGAUUCCAAGGGCCCUCAGGCCAAGGAUGUCUACACCUUCUACCAGGGUGAUGGCAGUACGGCUGCUGGCUGGCCUUCCGAGCAGCAGUGGGCUAGCUUCGAUUCUCUCUGGAAGAUCAACUUGCCCUUCAUCCAAAAGUCCUGCACUAACCUCCGAACUGGUGCUCCCGACAACAGCCCUCAAGAGAUUGAACAGAUCAAGAAGGCUCUUGCCGACGUCUCCAAAGAGGCCGGUAUCGAUAAGCGAGUCGGCCUCGCUCUCAUGAUGCAGGAGUCCAAGGGCUGUGUGCGUAUCGGAACCACUGCGGUCGAUGUUGAAAACCCUGGUUUGCUCCAAUCCCACAAGGGAGUCAACUGUAUUGGCAAGGUUCCCUGCCCCCAGGCAACUAUCAAGCAAAUGAUCAAGGAUGGUCUUGAAGGCACACAGUUUGGCGACGGUCUUAAGCAGACCAUUGCGCAGGGCGCAAAGCAGCUUAACGCCAAGGGUGCUCAGGCUGUCUACGCUGGUGCCCGUGGCUACAACAGUGGUAGUAUCAAGACUGGCGAUCUAAACUUCAAGUUCAAGGCUACCGCAUGCUACGCCACCGAUAUUGCCAACCGCCUGACUGGUUGGAUUGCCUCUCCCAGCAAGUGCAAGCUCGACGGCUAA